GAGUUUAAGCUCAACUCCCUUCACCUACUAGAAAGAUAAAUGGAGAAUCGCAGCAAAAGAAAAAGAAAGCCGGAAUCCGACGACAUUAGCGACGACACCGCCUUCGCCGUCGUGCUGGCCGCUCUUUCAUCUCUGAACCCCAACUCCCUCCGACCCUUAAUCAAUAAAUGCCUAAACAAACUCCACCGCUCGAUCACCGAUCCCACCCUCUCUCUUCUCCCAACUCUCCUCACUUUCAACUCUCCUGCAAUAUCUCGCCGUGCCGCUGAGAUGGUGGGGUACGCAGCCCUGCAGUCCUUGGACAUGAACCAGAGGAUUGCUUCCGAUGCUGACAUAAUCAAUAGCUUGCUCUCCGCAUUGGCCAGCUCCAACACCGGCGUCUCAGUGGCUGCCUGCAAUGCCCUUCUGGAUCUGUGCACCACUGGUUUCGGACGGUAUCGUUUGCUCGAUUCCUCUGCGCUUCCCAGGAUUCUUUCUGGGUUUCUUCAGGUUCAUAAAUCUUUGGAAAAUUCAGUGUCUUUUUGCUCUGUUUCUGUGGAUAGUGGGGGAGUUAUCGCUCCUAAAAUUGGGUUUAAGGGAGAUGAACUUCCUGUGUUACUUCUUAGUGCUGCAGUUCUUCUCAUCAAUACCUGUAAAAUUGAGCAAUUGGAGAACAUCCCAACAAACUUCUCUCAUGUUUUUUUCGCCUUCAUGAGAAAUCUGUGGGUAAAAGUGCGGAAUGAAAUGGUGUUCGAAAGCCAAUUAGAGUCCACCCAAGGGGGGCAUUUACAUAUUAGCAACAUUAGGAUUAGUGAUAUAGCCGAAACCCUUUUUAGGCUUUCCAUUUGUGCCUCUCAGCUUAUCAAGCCUUUGCCUUUUCAUGUGGUUGAAAGGGAUAUAUUUGGAUUCUCUGAGUCUGGUUUUAAGGAUUUCGUAUCAAAUCAGUGGGAGGUGUCACCAUUUCUUGUGCGGCGUGGGCAUCCAGAAGGGGAUUUAGUUGAGGAGAAUGAUAUUUUUGGACCGUUUGUACGAUCACUAAACUCAACAGGAACAUUUCCUUCCUUUCUUUCUUCUAUGCUUCCGAGGAUGGUUUCUUGUCUCCCUAUUGCUUCUGAUGAAUUUAACAUCCUUACUUUCCUAGAGGAGGUGAAAAAUAAAUUGGGUUGCCUUCUAACCUACCAGCAGGACAUUCGGGUUCUAAGAACAGACUGCCACCUUAAGAGGGAGGAACAUUUUUUUCAGAACAGUUUGAACUCUUGUUGUACAAGGGAUCCUCAUUAUCUUGGUGUUAAAGAUGUUUUAAAAUGCGAAGAAGCAUACAAGGAAGGUUAUACAGUUGCACUGCGUGGAAUGGAGUUCCGCUUUGAGAGCGUUGCAGCUAUUGCAGAUGGAUUGGCAUCUCUUUUUGGUCAACCAUCAAUUGGUGCCAAUAUGUACUUGACACCACCUAAUUCUCAGGGUUUGGCCUGCCACUACGAUGACCAUUGUGUGUUUGUAUGCCAACUUGUUGGGACUAAGAAAUGGAGACUGUAUCCUCAGUCAAAUGUGCAUUUACCUCGCUUGUAUGAUCCUCUUAAUCAACUACAUGCUUCAGAAGUGCAGAGUUCACCAGCUGAAUGCAAACAAUUUUUGCUGAGAGAAGGUGAUAUUUUGUAUAUUCCCAGAGGUGUUCUCCAUGAGGCAUGCACGGAGAAUGUUAGUUUUGAUGGGUCUGAUGGCAAUUCCUUACACCUUACACUCGGUAUUGAGGUUGAGCCUCCUUUUGAGUGGGAGGGAUUUGUUCAUGUUGCACUCUUCAGUUGGAACCAGAACCAAAAAAAAGCUAAUAACCUUUCCAAGUCUUCAUCUGGAAUUAUUCAUGAUAUAUCUGUGAAUUUGUUGCACGCUGCUAUUGUGCUGAUUGACGAUUCUGAUUCUACCUUCCGGAAGGCUUGCUUGGUUGCUUCGGUGUUUUCACAAUCGCAUAUCCAUAAUUGGCUUGAUUUAAACCAGCGAAUCAUUUUCUGUCAGUUGAUUGACAAAAUUAAAAUAGAGUCACAGUUCUUGAAAGUGUUCAGGAAUGUAGAAUUAGCAAUUCAGAAAGGCGAAGAUCCUUUCCAACGAAUUAGAUGGCUUGGGUUUCUUAAUACGGAGGAGGAAAGCAGUCCAAAUUGUGAACGGAAUAUGCAUUUGAUGGGGAUGAAAAACUUGUUCACAUUGUGCAGUCAACAUAAAGGCAAGGUGGAAGCUGCAUUCCAGCAGCUAACAUCCAGGUUUAGUAGUGAGGUGAUAUUUGAGGAUGCAAUAGAAAGGUAUAAGAUACUGCUAGAGACAUAUAGAAAGGCCAGAAAGCAAUAUAUGAAUGGGAUGGUUUCACUGCACUAUCAAUUAUGAAUUUAGUAACAUAUUCGCUUCCUCCUCUCUGUUCCUAAUUAUAGCUAGUUCCGACAGUGUGAGACCCUGAUGGAAGGGAAUGAAUCAACUCCGUUUUGCACAGUGGGAUCUGAUUCAUACGUCAAUGAUCCAGCUUUAUACCUAAUGUAGCCAGUUUACGGUUAAAGUGCCAUUCCAUAACCUAUGGCUCAAGGUACGUCAUUCUUCACUUGUUGACUUGGUUUAUUCUUGUGAACAAACAGCUAUGUAGGUAGAGCGAAAUGAUGAAAAGAAAAAUGAAUUCCGCAACAGUAUUAAAGACAACAUUAAUCAAGUGUUCCUUAAUGAGAUAUAUAUAUAUAUAUAUUUUUUUUUUUCAUGAAUCCUUCAUAAGAUAUAUAAGUACAUCGUAUCUGCAUACAUCUCAGUCUAGAAGGUUCAGUACUGGUCUAUGGUGUGGGAUGUCUGGGUGUUGGAUUUGGAUGAGUAGUCACUCCAUGAUAAUCAAUGUGAUAAACAAGCUCGUCUAAUUCAUUGUUACUGUUUGCAUGUUUGAUUGCUAGUGGAAUUUCUUUGACUUUGGAUGCUUCUGACUCUCCAUCUUCAUCAAUGUCCUACAUGUAACACAACCUCAACGAUGGUUUUGGAUAACAAUAGAAUACGAACACAACAUCUAUUAAAAAAACUUCAAAAACAGAAUCAGAUGGUUUCAAGCUACAAACUUGAAGUGAAAUUACAAUGUUUUCCGUCACUAAACAGACUGUUCAGGAAGAACUGAACAUUAUGAUUGUUAACUCAUGAAAGACUGACAUGCUUGAACAGGAUUCAUUUGGCAUGUUAUCUGAGAACUGAAAAGCUAGAGACCUGUUAUGAGGAAACAGAAGAUGAUGAUACACAAAGAUUUCAUCAUUUAUACAGCUGAAAUGAAAAGCUUCCUGUACUUAGGGAAGGAAAAGUUGGAGCACCAAUGUUUGUGUGUGUGUGUAUAAUAUAUGUAUAUAUAUUGAGAGCAUUCCACUGUGUGUGUGUGAGAGAGAGAGAGAGAGAUAAUUAUUGAUUAAGGGACUGGGGAAACAUGUCUGAGCCCAUGCUUGUGAUUCUGUUGUUAUGAGAGAGAGAGAGAGAGAGAGAGAGAGAGAGAGAGAGAGAGGGCAGCCCAGAAUGGUGUAGACAGGUGUGUCCCCAGGGUCUAUGCUGUUACCAAAUUUACUAUCUUUGGUGAAGACUUACUUGUGGCUUAAUAAUGUCCAACUGGAUUCCCGUCUGGUGUUGCAGGGCAGGUAAAGAGAAGAAACUGAAAUUCACCUUUGUGUUUCAUUUCAAACAAAGCCACUCACGAUUGAAUCACUAACCAUGUUUUGUCCUCACCAACAACUAAUUAUUUUUCCCAUGUCAAUCUUUGGCUGCUUUCCCCA